AUGCAGUAUCAAUCAAUUAUCACAUACAUAUUUAUUGCAAUUUUUGGUUUGACAAUCGUGAUGGCUCAAGCCAAUAAUGAACGUGAACGAUUUGCAGCGCUAUUGCAAAAACGAAAACAUCUCAAUGGCUACUGGGUAGGCAAACGACAUGCUAGCGCGUCUGAUGAAAAUUUAUAUAAUAGUGAUGAAGAUCACUCGUUGGAAGAAAGAGCAUCUUAUUUAGUUGGCAAACGUGGUACAUAUUUGGUUGGUAAACGUGCCUCUUAUCUUGUUGGACGUAAACGGCGUGAUUUGAUGGCCACUAAUUCUCUUCGACAAUAG